GAUAUGUAAGUAGGGGGUCGCUCGGGUCGCUCGUCCACGGUAUAUGAACGUCGCCAAUUGCCAAUGUUUUAAGAUGGCGGACGCGAAUGAGAAGUUGCUGGCGGAAUUGCUGAAAAAGCCUGGGAACAACGUGUGCGCUGAUUGCGGGGCCAAGAAUCCAGAAUGGGCAUCUUACAAUAUAGGUAUAUUCGUUUGCGCAAGGUGUGCUGGUAUACACAGAUCUAUGGGAGUGCACAUUUCCAAAGUGAAGCAUUUAAAGUUAGAUAGGUGGGAGGAUUCUCAAGUGAAUAGGAUACGCGAAGUGGGUAACACCGCAGCGAGAUUGCACUACGAGGAGCGUGUGCCCUCCUGCUACCGCAGGCCAAGCCCAGAUGCCCCACAAGUUUUAGUUGAACAGUGGAUAAGAGCAAAAUAUGAGAGGGAAGAAUUUUGUCAUCCCGAAAGACAAAAUCACUAUGUGUCAGGAUUCAUGGAAGGGUUUUUAAUGAAACGAGGAAAGGAAGAUUCACGUUACCAUCCUCGUAAAUUUGUACUCUGCGAGGCAGAGGAUACACUCAAAUAUCAUGUUAAAGAAAACAAAGAACCCAAAGCUGUUCUAAGGAUAUCUGAGUUAAAUGUGGCGUUCGCGCCACCUAAAACUGGCAAUCAGAAUAGUCUUCAACUAUCCUUUAUGAAGGACGGCACGACGAGACAUAUCUACGUGUAUCACGAGGAUCCGGAAGUAAUCACGAAUUGGUACCUUGCCAUUAGGUGUGCGAAAUUGCACCGCUUACAAGUUGCGUAUCCGGGUGCGAGUGAGAACGAGUUACUGUCGCAACUCACGAGGGAUUUCCCGCGCGAAGGUUUUCUAUGGAAAACCGGUCCGCGACAUACAGACGCAUACAAAAAAAGGUGGUUCACGCUAGAUGGUAGAAAACUCAUGUAUCACGACGAUCCUAUGGACGCGCAUCCAAAGGGUGAAAUCUUUCUGGGACAUAAUACCGAAGGCUUUGCUGUAAAGACUGGCGUACCGUCGGGUGCUAGAGAUCAAGGGUUUUCGUUUACUCUCGAAACACCUGACAGAACUUAUCUGCUCUCUGCGCAAAGCGAUGACGAUAGAUCGCAAUGGAUUAACGUGAUUCAAAAAGUAAUAGAUAAGCCGCUAACGCCACAGGACGCGACUGUAGCGGCGAGACUCGUAAGAAAGCGCACAACAAGCGGAUCAAUGAAUAUAUUUUCGUCCACGAGAUAGGGCUGGAUUCCUCUUAGACGUCUUUCUUAAUUAUUCAUCGGUAAUCGUACGAUUGAAUCGUAUUAUCGAAAUAAAUACAUGACUCAGCACACACGCGAAAUGUAGCUUUGAGUUAUUUACUCAUCUUGUUACUGUUGGGUCAUGUAUUUAACUUGCGCACGGUUAAUGUAGUUUUCAUAGAGACAUAUGCAUAUAAGAUCGCUCGAAGAGCGUGUCGAUCAACGUGAACGAACUGCAAGCACCAACACUAUUGCGUUGAAAAUGAAGCUUAUGUCGCUUAUCAUCGAAAUGAAUAAGCAGGCAGUAUCGUAAAACAAUAUUACGAAGAAUUUUUACUUAGCAAUAAUAUUGUGUGUGAUACUUGUCUCUGACAGUGUAACGUACGGAGCACCAAAAGAAAUUCUCUUCCAGAAGUUUCAUGUAAUCUGUUACGGAACAAUCCAUUGAACACACAGCAAAGCUUAGGGUAGAUAUUAUUUUAAAGAUCACUGAUUCACAGUAUUUUCUUUCCCCGUUUUUUUAUUUACUUAGUUGAUUUAUUUUCUACCAUUACAAGGCCACAAGUGAUAACGAUACACAACCUGUAUAUACAAAAUAAAUUCUGAGGGCCUAUCACUCCUCUCAUUAUCAUUA